AUGCGAAUGUUAAGUUUUUAUUUAUUUUCGUUCAUUUGUUUGAACGGAGUCACUCAUAUCAGUGGUGGUCUCGAUGGUUGGUUGUUGGAUUUGUUCGUAAAAUGCCCAGUUAACAGAAACCAAUCUCUGGACGUCAGUCAAAUCAAGGUCUACUUUUACGACUUCCAUAGAGGUCGAAGUAAAGUGUUUCCUAUAGACAAUGCUGCUAAAAAGAUUCUGUCUUUUCAUAAACUUGACAAAAACAAAAUGUUUUACAUGUUCGUCAGUGGAUUUGCAACGUACAUCAACCGUACUACUGCACACUUAGUAAGGGAAACCUUUAAACAUGUCCCCAACAGUUACCUAAUUAUCAUCGACCAUUCAGCUUACACCAACAAUACUGAUUAUGGCCCAAAAACGAGUUACGAAAGAUCCGUUCAACACGUCUAUUCUAUUGGAGUCAAAUUGGCUCAAAUGUUGGUCCAACUCAACCAAGGAGGAAUUAGAGCUUCACACAUCCACGCAAUUGGCCAUAGCUUGGGUAGCCAAAUGUUGGGCCAUGUUGGUGCGAAUUUCAACAAAGCUACUGGUUUUAAAAUUGGUAGGAUAACAGCGUUGGACCCAGCUGGUCCUUGUUUCAAAAACAGUUUGAAGGAGGAACAGAUCAGGGCUGGUGUGGCGGACUAUGUUGAAGUAUAUCAUUGUGACGAUGGUGGAUUGGGUACGUCCAGUGUGCUGGGUGACACAGACUUAUAUAUGAAUAAAGGUAGUGACCAGCCAAAAUGUAAUUUUCCUAGUGUAAAUAAAUGCAGUCAUAAGGUUUGUGUGGCAAUGUGGAUGGCAUCAGUUACCCAUCGGUUCACGGCUAGACAAUGUAACAAUUAUAAACUGUUUAAACAAAGAAAAUGCACAAGUAACAAAACAACCACUGCGGGCUUCUGGAAUCCUGGUACUGCGAAAGGAAUUUAUUAUUUCUCGACUGAAGAUUACAAAUAUUAA